CUGGUUUCAAAUAAUUUUACCAACCCCAGAAAAAAAAAAAAUCUUCCCCAAACUCCUAUAACACUAGCUGUGGUGAUUGUAAGACGUAUAUCCUAUAUAGGGUUGUGCAUGGUCUAGACUAUACGCGCAGUGUCACCGUUUCAUUUCACUGUGCUCUGAUUUGUAGUGAUCCAAUCUUAAUUCAUAUUGAUCGCUGCCUUUCCAUUUACAAAAACAAAGUACCAGCGUCUUUUUUCCAUUUUGUACAGCAAAGUACCGCAGCAGCACGUCUGUCCUCUAGCAUUUAACAUUUCCAAACAUUGUUUUGUAGUCCUUCAUUUUUUUUUUUUUUUCGUGCUUUUUGAUUGUUUGUUUGUUUGUUUGUUUGUUUUAAAAUUCCCGAAUCUUAAGUUACAAGAGAGGAGAUCUCCCCCUCCCGUUUCAGCACCAGGACGUCCGGUGCGUGGUUAGCAGAUCUUGUGUGAGUUGUGGAGGUGCUGAAGAAUACGAUUCUACGAGAGUCACGAUGAGUACACGAGGCGAAGCAGCCGGUCAGUCCUCCGCAGCACAGGAUCAACCUGCAGCACCGGAGCCUCAGAAGAGAGGUCGGGGCAGACCGAGGAAACAGCAGCAAGAACCAACUGGCGAGCCUGCUCCUAAACGGCCAAGGGGGAGACCUAAAGGAAGCAAAAACAAAGGCCCCUCCAAAGCAGCUCAGAAGAAAGCAGAGGCCACAGGAGAAAAGAGACCCAGAGGCAGACCCAGGAAAUGGCCACAGCAAGUGGUCCAAAAGAAGCCUGCUCAGGAAGAAGCCGAGGAGAGUUCCUCACACGACUCUGCCGAGGAGGAUUAAGAAACCACAGCAUGUGCCUUCUACCUCAUUCAGCAGCCACGUCUUUCGAAGGGGAAAGACACGGCCUUGACCACUUAUUUUCGAUUUCUAUGGUCUUUCCACUUUUUUUUUUUUGCCUGGGAAAAAAAAAUAAAAAAAUCACACAUAAAACCUCAAACACACACACACACACACACACACACACACACACUUUUUUUUUACUUAACCACCUUCUCUUGUCUUCGUUACCCCUUUGCAGUCCCAAGGGUUAAUGAAAAAACUAAACAACUGCUGUAGCACAGGGAGUAAGGAUUGAAAAUGCAACCUUUAAUUACUGUUCCCUCUUCUUAAUCUACCAAUGGAGUUCGUUUGGGCUGCUACAUCAGGGUGAGUGGGUCGGCUUUGAAUCCGGUUUAGUCAUUCACUGCACUGUGUAAAAACAAGGAAACUCAGAACAUACGUGGUUAAUUAUAUGGUCAUUCUUAGAGGAAAAGCAUAAUGUAUGUCAAUGUAUAGGCCUUAAAUAGCACCAGCAACCCACUCCCUAACUUAGUAAAAGAACACCAAAGAUGAGGGGAUAGACUGCUCUUUUGUUCUAGAAUUUUUUUUAUUUUCAUUUUUUUACUUGAUAUAUAUAUUCACUUGCUGUAAUUUUGGAUUGAACUUUAGGGCUGAAUUGUCACUUCAUUUUGCUAAUAAUAGAAUCAUGUAAAUAGUUCCAUACAGUCCCAGGGAAAAACAGUGAGUGUUCCACACACUCUGUCACACACAAUCACACUCACACACAAUCGCACUCACACUUACUCACACACACAAUCGCACUCACACACAAUCGCACUCACACUUACUCACACACACAAUCACACUCACACACAAUCGCACUCACACUUACUCACACACACAAUCACACUCACACACAAUCGCACUCACACUUACUCACACACACAAUCACACUCACACACAAUCGCACUCACACACAAUCACACUCACACACAAUCACACUCACACACAAUCGCACUCACACUUACUCACACACACAAUCACACUCACACACAAUCGCACUCACACUUACUCACACACACAAUCACACUCACACACAAUCGCACUCACACUUACUCACACACACAAUCACACUCACACACAAUCGCACUCACACUUACUCACACACACAAUCACACUCACACACAAUCGCACUCACACUUACUCACACACACAAUCACACUCACACACAAUCGCACUCACACACAAUCACACUCACACACAAUCACACUCACACACAAUCGCACUCACACUUACUCACACACACAAUCACACUCACACACAAUCGCACUCACACUUACUCACACACACAAUCACACUCACACACAAUCGCACUCACACUUACUCACACACACAAUCACACUCACACACAAUCGCACUCACACUUACUCACACACACAAUCACACUCACACACAAUCGCACUCACACUUACUCACACACACAAUCACACUCACACACAAUCGCACUCACACUUACUCACACACACAAUCACACUCACACACAAUCGCACUCACACUUACUCACACACACAAUCACACUCACACACAAUCGCACUCACACUUACUCACACACACAAUCACACUCACACACAAUCGCACUCACACUUACUCACACACACAAUCACACUCACACACAAUCGCACUCACACUUACUCACACACACAAUCACACUCACACACAAUCGACGAAUGAGCUGUCGUGAAAGUUGUCUGCAGGAACAAAAAAAAAAUGACUACGGCAGAAUCUUUCUCAGGUCAGUUAUAAGAACAGAAUAUUUUCGCUGUUUAAAAAAAAAAAACGGGGUUUGAAACCAAGACACCUCUGAUUUACCCUGCGUACUGUAAUCACAGUGACUGCAGCUAAACUGAAAGCUUCUGAACAGUUGAUUUACCCUGCGUACUGUAAUCACAGUGACUGCAGCUAAACUGAAAGCUUCUGAACAGUUGAUUUACCCUACGUACUGUAAUCACAGUGACUGCAGCUAAACUGAAAGCUUUUGAACAGUUGAUUUACCCUACGUACUGUAAUCACAGUGACUGCGGCUAAACUGAAAGCUUUUGAACAGUUGAUUUACCCUACGUACUGUAAUCACAGUGACUGCGGCUAAACUGAAAGCUUCUGAACAGUUGAUUUACCCUACGUACUGUAAUCACAGUGACUGCGGCUAAACUGAAAGCUUUUGAACAGUUGAUUUACCCUACGUACUGUAAUCACAGUGACUGCAGCUAAACUGAAAGCUUCUGAACAGUUGAUUUACCCUACGUACUGUAAUCACAGUGACUGCAGCUAAACUGAAAGCUUUUGAACAGUUGAUUUACCCUACGUACUGUAAUCACAGUGACUGCGGCUAAACUGAAAGCUUUUGAACAGUUGAUUUACCCUACGUACUGUAAUCACAGUGACUGCAGCUAAACUGAAAGCUUUUGAACAGUUGAUUUACCCUACGUACUGUAAUCACAGUGACUGCAGCUAAACUGAAAGCUUUUGAACAGUUGAUUUACCCUACGUACUGUAAUCACAGUGACUGCAGCUAAACUGAAAGCUUUUGAACAGUUGAUUUACCCUGCGUACUGUAAUCACAGUGACUGCAGCUAAACUGAAAGCUUUUGAACAGUUGAUUUACCCUGCGUACUGUAAUCACAGUGACUGCAGCUAAACUGAAAGCUUUUGAACAGUUGAUUUACCCUGCGUAUUGUAAUCACAGUGACUGCAGCUAAACUGAAAGCUUUUGAACAGUUGAUUUACCCUACGUACUGUAAUCACAGUGACUGCAGCUAAACUGAAAGCUUUUGAACAGUUGAUUUACCCUACGUACUGUAAUCACAGUGACUGCGGCUAAACUGAAAGCUUUUGAACAGUUGAUUUACCCUACGUACUGUAAUCACAGUGACUGCAGCUAAACUGAAAGCUUUUGAACAGUUGAUUUACCCUACGUACUGUAAUCACAGUGACUGCAGCUAAACUGAAAGCUUUUGAACAGUUGAUUUACCCUGCGUAUUGUAAUCACAGUGACUGCAGCUAAACUGAAAGCUUUUGAACAGUUGAUUUGCCCUGCGUACUGUAAUCACAGUGACUGCAGCUAAACUGAAAGCUUCUGAACAGUUGAUUUACCCUACGUACUGUAAUCACAGUGACUGCAGCUAAACUGAAAGCUUUUGAACAGUUGAUUUACCCUACGUACUGUAAUCACAGUGACUGCGGCUAAACUGAAAGCUUUUGAACAGUUGAUUUACCCUGCGUACUGUAAUCACAGUGACUGUGGCUAAACUGAAAGCUUUUGAACAAGUUGAUUUACCCUACGUACUGUAAUCACAGUGACUGCGGCUAAACUGAAAGCUUUUGAACAGUUGAUUUACCCUGCGUACUGUAAUCACAGUGACUGUGGCUAAACUGAAAGCUUUUGAACAAGUUGAUUUACCCUACGUACUGUAAUCACAGUGACUGCGGCUAAACUGAAAGCUUUUGAACAGUUGAUUUACCCUACGUACUGUAAUCACAGUGACUGCGGCUAAACUGAAAGCUUUUGAACAGUUGAUUUACCCUGCGUAUUGUAAUCACAGUGACUGCAGCUAAACUGAAAGCUUUUGAACAGUUGAUUUACCCUACGUACUGUAAUCACAGUGACUGCAGCUAAACUGAAAGCUUUUGAACAGUUGAUUUACCCUACGUACUGUAAUCACAGUGACUGCAGCUAAACUGAAAGCUUUUGAACAGUUGAUUUACCCUACGUACUGUAAUCACAGUGACUGCAGCUAAACUGAAAGCUUUUGAACAGUUGAUUUACCCUACGUACUGUAAUCACAGUGACUGCAGCUAAACUGAAAGCUUUUGAACAGUUGAUUUACCCUACGUACUGUAAUCACAGUGACUGCAGCUAAACUGAAAGCUUCUGAACAGUUGAUUUACCCUACGUACUGUAAUCACAGUGACUGCGGCUAAACUGAAAGCUUUUGAACAGUUGAUUUACCCUACGUACUGUAAUCACAGUGACUGCGGCUAAACUGAAUGCUUCUGAACAGUUGAUUUACCCUACGUACUGUAAUCACAGUGACUGCGGCUAAACUGAAAGCUUUUGAACAGUUGAUUUACCCUACGUACUGUAAUCACAGUGACUGCGGCUAAACUGAAAGCUUUUGAACAAUUUGGCUCUGGAGAAAACGUCCACCUGUUCACGGUUUCAAAGGGAAUUCCACAUCCUCAUUAUUCAGUCUCAUUUCGAGUACAUUUUACCUCAAGACAGUGACGUAUGAUUUCAGCAGUACCGUGCCAUAGGAAGACUUACUCACGGUAAUGCAGUUUGUAACACUUUUAGUGUCCGAUGCAAUCCACUAUUUCAAACUACCUCUGAUUAUUACAGUAGUAAUUACUCGCUGCUAUACACAUAUAAUGCAGGAACUCAUUGUGGGCAGUUUAACCCUGAUGCCUGGGAUCUUCUCAUUCUUUUUUUACACUACAAUUGCAGCUAAGGGAACAAUAGCUGAAGCGCUGUUGUAAUAUUAACCGUCUAACAAGAUGCCUUCCUCCAUUCUUCACAGCUAGGACUUCUGUGUAAUGUAUUGUUAACUUGAAUAUAUUUUUGUACUGAUUUACUCAUAGUUUUAAGCAUCAUGUUCUUGUUUGACACUACAUGAAAUAAUUUUAACCUGUAAUGUUUUUUUUUUUUUUUUACUGUACCUCAGAAGAAUUGUUGAAAAGAAAUGGACUAAUCAGUUGACAAAGACCUACCUCCAGUCAUUUAAAAAAAAAAAAGGAUUUGUAUUGUAACUUUCAGCAUUUUCUUUUUUUCCUGACGAUGUUAUCAAAACAUUAUUAGGAUUGCAACUGAUCCCUCAUCAAACUGUUUUUGUAACAGAAAUAUGUCUGAAACAAGUACAUUUCAAAUCAAGUGAGAAAAUAAAUAAAUAAUAAAACCUUCAAAGAAAACUUGAAGCUUUGUAGGUAUGGCAGCCUGGGCUCAGCUUUUGUAUAAUGCAAUCAUGAACAUGUUUUAAAUGAGUAGACACAUGCCAGAUAUACUUGAUCAGUGAUCUCAUGUACAAUGUACACAAAUGUGAUUUUGUAAUAUGGUUCAACCAGAUGUAUUUUUAAAAUGCUUCUUAUGUAGAGAUUUUAUUCCACUUUCUGCUCGUCAAUGUGGCAACUUGUAGUUAUUUUUUAACAUUGUAUUUUUUUUUUUACUAGGCCAGGGGUAGUAUCUCAGGAGGGCUUGUUCACACAGUAGGACUUCAGCGCUUAGCCACCAUACCACCAUAGCCUUGCAAUGCCUGGCUUCUUUAAGAGGUAUUUAUUGAGUACCUCUUUACACAUUACUGACUUAUACAAACCAUUGAGGUAAUGAUGCUCCUGUCACAGAGCUCCAAGGCAUUUGCAUUUUAUUUCAUAAAUAUACUUGAGUUCAACAAAAGCCUUUUUACCUUUUUUUUUUACCUCAUUGUUGAUUGAAUGCAAAUCUGUGGCAGCCACUGUUGAUAUUGUAUAUAAUAUAUUUACACACUGGGUGGCUGCUUUAUUAGGAACUGUACCUAGUUUUGGGGUUUGGCUAUUGUUUGUUACAGCAUUGACACAACGUGGCAUAGACUCCGCAAGGUGCUGGAAGGUGUCUUGAGGGAUGUUGAUCCAUUCAGUCAAUAAUAAUAUCAAUAAGAGCACCAUGUUGUUCAUCCCAGACAUGCCUAAUUGGGUUGAGAGCCGAGGCCCGUCGUGCCCAUGGAAGAUGCUUGACGUCUCUGUCAUGCUUCUCAAACCAUUCGCUGGAAGAUGCUUGAUGUCUCUGUCAUGCUUCUCAAACCAUUCGCUGGAAGAUGCUUGACGUCUCUGUCAUGCUUCUCAAACCAUUCGCUGGAAGAUGCUUGACGUCUCUGUCAUGCUUCUCAAACCAUUCGCUGGAAGAUGCUUGACGUCUCAAACCAUUCGCUGGAAGAUGCUUGAUGUCUCUGUCAUGCUUCUCAAACCAUUCGCUGGAAGAUGCUUGACGUCUCUGUCAUGCUUCUCAAACCAUUCGCUGGAAGAUGCUUGACGUCUCUGUCAUGCUUCUCAAACCAUUCGCUGGAAGAUGCUUGACGUCUCUGUCAUGCUUCUCAAACCAUUCGCUGGAAGAUGCUUGACGUCUCUGUCAUGCUUCUCAAACCAUUCGCUGGAAGAUGCUUGACGUCUCUGUCAUGCUUCUCAAACCAUUCGCUGGAAGAUGCUUGACGUCUCUGUCAUGCUUCUCAAACCAUUCGCUGGAAGAUGCUUGACGUCUCUGUCAUGCUUCUCAAACCAUUCGCUGGAAGAUGCUUGACGUCUCUGUCAUGCUUCUCAAACCAUUCGCUGGAAGAUGCUUGACGUCUCUGUCAUGCUUCUCAAACCAUUCGCUGGAAGAUGCUUGACGUCUCUGUCAUGCUUCUCAAACCAUUCGCUGGAAGGUGCUUGACGUCUCUGUUAUGCUUCUCAAACCAUUCGCUGGAAGAUGCUUGACGUCUCUGUCAUGCUUCUCAAACCAUUCGCUGGAAGAUGCUUGACGUCUCAAACCAUUCGCAAACUAUCCUGGCUCAGUGAGUUGGGUGCAUUAUUGUCUUGAAAGUAGCCAUCACCAUCAGGGUCCAAGUGCAGCAUUGUUGGACAAGAUCCGCAACAAUGCUUAAUUAACCUACAGCAUCUGUUCGGGUUUCCCAGAGUAAUCAGGGGACCAGGGUAUACCAGGUGGCCAUGUCCCACACCAGGGCAAUGCCAAAUCAGUCUGGUUGAUCCAUCCUAAUAGAGUGGCCAUGCAGUGGGUAGAGAUAUUGAGGCUUUUAGCUCUGGGAGACUUACAGACGCUAAUGAAGUUGAUCUUGUAUUUACUAUACAUGUUGUAGUACAAUCAAAAUACACAUUACUACCUCCAAGGGCCUUCUAUUACCUCAGUUUCAAUCUGAAUAUCUGCUUAAAUGCACGUGGCCAGAGGAACAGCAAGAACAUCAUAAAAUUUUUAUAUAUAUAGUUUAUUUUUGUGGGGGAUAAAUUUUAUAAGACUGUUCUUUGCUGCCUCUUUUGCCACUGCUACAUAAGACUGGACAUUUAUCCUUUAUUUUAUUUUUUAUUCUACAUUUUAUGCAAUACAGUAGUUGCAUUAGCAGGGGGAAAGUAUGAAAUGCUUAACUGCAGUUUGUUUGCCUUUUUCCCUAUACUAUUUGAGUGUCUUCUAGCUGGCUUUUCUGUUCACAUAGAGUUGCUGUCUUUGAUUAUACUUUGAAUUGCUUUGCUUGUUAAAACAUUUGUUUAAUGGAUUAUCACAACCUUGUUCAGAACAUUAAACUGUAUAACCUC